CAUUAGGCCGCGACGCGCUCCGAGCCGGGCGGUAGUGGCAGCGGCAGCCCGAGCGGCUGCAGCGUUAGCUUUCGCCGCGGCAGCCACCGCCACCACCACCACCACCACCGGUACCCCGCGGACUGAGGGAAGGUGGGGGCCCGCCCUGGCCGGUGGACCGUGAAGCCGGAGUUCCCGCCCCUCUCGCGGUUCGAGCCGGCAGCGCCUCCGUGGCGGCGAGACAGCGCCCUCGGGCUGUGCUCGCUCCCCAGCUGCCGCUGGCGACAGUAGCGGAGAGAAGUUAGGGUCGGACCGAACGCGUGCAGGGACCCAGAGGAACCGGCCCCCCUGCGCCCCGCCUCUCCGGGGGCUCCCCACCAGAUUUCCACAUUUACAGAAUGACUAAAUAUUAAUGGAAAGAGAAGCAUAAACCUAUCUUCUUUCACCAUGGAGGCAGGUUUGACAGAUGGAGAACCUGACCGAACUUUGAUCUUGCCAUAUUCAGAAGUUGCUGAAGUUCAAGAGACACUUCUUGGUGAUAGCAAAGAUGUCCUUGGGCCAUCAACUGUGGUAGCAAACAGCGACGAAGCUCAACUUCUGACACCAGGAAAGAUGAGUCAGCGCCAAGGGAAAGAAGCUUACCCAACUCCAACCAAGGAGCUGUAUCAGGCGUCUUUUAGUCCGGCAAGCCCUCAUAGCCAGGGUUUUGAAAGAGGAAAGGAAGACAUUUCUCAAAAUAAAGAUGACUCUUCACUUUCUAUGUCAAAGAGCAAGUCUGAAUCUAAACUUUAUAAUGGCUCGGAGAAGGAUAGUUCAGCUUCAAGCAAGCUCACAAAAAAAGAAUCUCUCAAGGUACAAAAGAAAAAUUACCGAGAAGAAAAGAAAAGAGCCACAAAGGAAUUACUCAGUACAAUCACAGAUCCUGCUGUUAUUGUUAUGGCUGAUUGGUUGAAGGUCAGUUUGUUAAAUGAUAGUGAAAUUGAACGACAGCAUUUUAAGGACCAAGAUAUGUAUUCUGAUAAAUCUGAUAAAGAAAAUGAUCAAGAACAUGAUGAGUCUGACAAUGAGGUGCUGGGGAAGAGUGAAGAAAGUGACACCGAUACAUCCGAAAGGCAAGAUGACUCAUAUAUCGAACCUGAGCCUGUCGAGCCUUUAAAGGAGACGACCUACACUGAACAGAGCCACGAGGAACUUGGCGAGGCAGGUGAGGCUUCUCAAACAGAAACUGUGUCUGAAGAAAACAAAAGCCUUAUCUGGACACUGCUGAAACAAGUCCGUCCUGGCAUGGACCUGUCCAGGGUGGUUCUGCCCACAUUUAUCUUGGAACCUCGUUCUUUCCUGGAUAAACUUUCAGAUUACUACUAUCAUGCAGAUUUCCUGUCUGAGGCUGCUCUUGAAGAAAAUCCUUAUUUCCGAUUGAAGAAAGUAGUGAAAUGGUACUUGUCAGGAUUCUAUAAAAAGCCAAAGGGACUGAAGAAACCUUAUAAUCCUAUACUUGGUGAGACUUUCCGUUGUUUGUGGAUUCAUCCCAGAACAAACAGCAAAACUUUUUAUAUUGCUGAACAGGUGUCUCAUCAUCCACCAAUAUCUGCCUUUUAUGUGAGUAACCGAAAGGAUGGCUUUUGCAUUAGUGGUAGUAUCCUGGCUAAGUCCAAGUUCUAUGGGAACUCAUUAUCUGCAAUAUUAGAUGGAGAAGCACGGUUGACUUUCUUGAAUAGAGGUGAAGAUUAUGUAAUGACAAUGCCAUAUGCUCAUUGUAAAGGAAUUCUUUAUGGCACAAUGACACUGGAGCUUGGUGGAACAGUCAAUAUUACAUGUCAAAAAACUGGAUACAGUGCAAUACUUGAAUUCAAACUAAAGCCAUUUCUAGGUAGCAGUGACUGUGUUAAUCAAAUAUCAGGGAAACUUAAAUUGGGAAAAGAAGUCCUAGCUACUUUAGAAGGCCAUUGGGAUAGUGAAGUUUUUAUUAAUGACAAAAAGACUGAUAAUUCAGAGGUGUUUUGGAAUCCAACACCAGACAUUAAGCAAUGGAGAUUAAUAAGGCACACCGUAAAAUUUGAAGAACAGGGAGACUUUGAAUCAGAGAAACUCUGGCAGCGGGUAACUCGAGCCAUAAAUGCCAAAGACCAAACAGAAGCUACACAAGAGAAGUGUGUUUUAGAAGAAGCUCAAAGACAAGCUGCCAGAGAUCGGAAAACAAAAAAUGAAGAGUGGACUUGCAACUUAUUUGAACUUGAUCUACUCACAGGAGAAUGGCAUUACAAGUUUGCAGAUACUCGACCUUGGGACCCACUUAAUGAUAUGAUACAGUUUGAGAAAGAUGGUGUUAUCCAGACCAAAGUGAAACAUCGCACUCCAAUGGUUAGCGUCCCAAAAAUGAAACAUAAGCCAACCAGGCAACAGAAGAAAGUGGCAAAAGGCUAUUCCUCCCCAGAACCUGAUAUCCAGGACUCAUCUGGAAGUGAAGCUCAAUCAGUAAAACCAAGCACAAGAAGAAAGAAAGGGAUAGAACUGGGAGACAUUCAGAAUUCCAUCGAAUCUAUAAAACAAACACAGGAAGAAAUUAAAAGAAAUAUUAUGGCUCUUCGAAAUCAUUUAGUUUCAAGCACACCUGCCACGGAUUAUUUUCUGCAACAAAAAGACUACUUCAUCAUUUUCCUCCUGAUCUUGCUUCAAGUCAUAAUAAACUUCAUGUUUAAAUAGAAGUUCUUUACAGUUGCAUCAGUGAACUGGAAUGAUCAGAUUUGGCCUGGGACCAAAGUUCAAGUUGGUUUGGUCUUUAUUAAAACAUGAUAAUAUUUCAGAAACAAAACCUUAGAUUUAAAUGUAGAGGUGUUGACCUUUCAUACCUGUUAUCCUUAACCUGAAACAAGAGCUAUUCUAUUUGGUUAUUAAAGUGAACUAUGUGUUAAGUGCCAGAACAUUUCUAGCUUUUGUGAAAAUGUGUCUACAUGUGAGUAUAGUAAAUCCACAUGUACACACAGUUGUGUCUUAGGUAUACCUGACAGUAGUCUUUGUAUUCUAUAGUAUGUUCUGAGGUACAGCACUAACAUUCAUAACAAAAAUGCUAUCAAUAUUAUACAUACAUGUAAUCUGUUUUCAUAAAACAGGCACAAAACUUAAUAAGGAAUUACAAAAUGGGAAAUGAUGGAAUAAUAGACAUAUCAUAAAUAGUUCAAUACACUGUACUGUUAAAAAAAAAAAAGAUCAUUUCCAAAGCACCCAGCUCAAUUGUCUUCUCAGAAACAGCUAGACAAAGUGUGGUUAAAAUUGAUAUAUUGAGAGAUAUAAGGUGGCAAAAUACUUUUUUAAAAGUUUACACAAGAUUUUUUAACGCCUAGAAUUUAAUAUUUGUAGAUACAGGUACAAAUGCACGUAUGUGUAUAUCAACAUAAAAAAUGGUAUGCAGCUACUUGGAUCCAUUGAUUAUAUCUUUCUUAUCAUACCUAUAUAAUACCACCUUAAGCACUUGCUUAAAAAAAUGUGAUCAAAAUUAGCCGUUGUCUUUUUUUUCUUAUUUUUGUUUUUUAAUUCAGUUGGUCCAAUAACAGGCCAAGUUCUAGAGAUGCUAAUAGGGCAUAUGAAAUGCUGAUAACUUAUGUUUUUUUCAUUAUGAAAAACUUAUUUUAGCUUUCAUUUAGACCCUAGUGUGUUCAGUGAAUAAGUAGAAUAGAAGAAAUUAUAACUGAUAUUUUACUUCAAAAGCCAAAUACGAAAAAGGCGAUAAGAAAAGACGCUUUGUGUGUUGGCAUUUAUGUGUACAUUAAAAUUGGUUUCUUUAAAAUGUGCAAUAAGUUGAGCAUCUAAGAAGAGCAUCAGGCUUUGAAGUUUAAUUUUUUAUUAUCCUCCUUGGUUCUUAGUAACUUCAUUCUAUGGCAAAAAAACACAAUUCUUCAAGAUUUCCUUUUGUUCAGGCUCAGGCAAACUUUUUCCUCAUUUUUUUUAAAUUUAAUAUUUUUAAUUUAUGUUUUUACAUAAGUAUUUAUAGUCCUCAAAAGCAAUUUUUGCAAAUGUAAGUUAAGGUUAGGAACAUGUUAUUCUAAGAUAUAUCUUAGAAUCCUUGAAAGUAUAGUUUUAAAAUGGUUAUUAAUGAAAAUGAAGGUCAAAAUAAUUGCUCUGGCUACAUUUGCCUUUGACUAAAAAGAGACUAUUAGACACUAGUAAAAUAGUAAUCAGCUGUUUAAUGCCAUGAUAAAUAUAAAAUUAAAGAAUGGUUGCUAAAUUAUGAAAAUUCAAAAUGAUAAAAAGAGUCUGCUUUUUUCUUGCCUAACCAAUGUAGUUAUCUUAAGUAUCCUUCGGUUUUAUGAAGAGCCAGUUCCCAUAUAUUUUUGGCAAAACAGUGCUAUAUUCCAUAUGUACAUGUGAAAAAAUUUUUUUAAUUGAUUAAAAUGUAAGUAAGAUGUACCUAUACCCAGUAUAAGUAUAGGUAUAAUAUGACUACACUGGAACAAGUGGAGAUUUUUCGUUUGUAUUUCAUACUUGUCAAUACAAUUUUUGUACUCACUUUCUGUUUCCAGUGUUAUGCUCAACUGCCUAUUCACGGAUAUAUAUUUUGUAAAUAUUGUACAAUUUGAUCUUUUUAUGGUUGAAAUUAGUAUUUAUAUUAUAUAUAACUUGAUUGGCUGAUCACAAAAGUCAUUUUAUCAUUAAACCCUGAAAACUUAAAAUUUUUUGUUGGUAACCCCACUUUGGAGUUUUAGUCUUAUCCACUUGUGGGUUAUUUUCAUUUGCUCUAAAUAGUGUUUUAUUUGUAUGAGUACCUUCUAAGGCUACAAAGGUAGUUGUUUUCUUUAUUUUUUUUUAAAUUUUAUUUUUAGAGCAGAUAUUAUGGGAUCUUAUUACCCAAGGUAUCAAAACCUAUUUCAUGAGAAAGAGCAGGGUUACUCCUCACUGUUUCUUAUACACUAAAAGCAUUUAUCUAAUCUAGUAAUCUUAUUAUGCUUUUAGUUGUGUGAGCUCCUUUCAGCAAACUGAACACAAAACUCAGGAACUGGUGGAUUAGUUUUAGAUUACUGCUUAUAUCAGGCAUACUAUGUAAAUCCUUUAAAGCUCACAGUUAACUUUGUUUGUAUUUAGCCAUGUAUGUAAUUGACUUUGAAUGAUCUCUACCAGAGAUUAAUCUUCCUUCACACAUGGAUUCAUAAAAAUUGUGAUUUACAGUUUCCAGCUGUCUGAGAACGUCAUAAUGGUUUCUAGGAUUUAACCUAGAACCUUAUGACCAGUUUUUUUUUUUUAUUCGAUCAAAAAUUUAUUUUUUUCUCAUGAAAAUUUAGAUAAGAGUUAUUAAAAUGUGCAUUUCUGUUUUAGUUGUUAAAUGUGCUAUGCCUUCAGUUGUUCACCAUUGAGAUGUAGCUGACCCAGGAAAAGACAAUAAAUAGGGCAUGUAAAAUAAGUAAGUUUCAGCAAUAGAUAUUUUACUUGUAUUUCAUGUCAGUACUUUUUUGUACCACUUAUAAAGGUACAGUGUAAUCUUUGUCACCAUUCCACUGAAAAAGUUGGCCUUGUUAAAUACAGCCCUCAUCUAGUAUUCACGCUUUUGUGCCUUUAAGAAAAUACUUUUUGUCAUUUUGUGUUACAGAACUAUUAUAUGAUUCAAAGCGUUUGUAGACUUGUCAUAAAAGGGUCAUUUCUCUGUGUCACCUUAUUUCUUUUUAUAUAGUUAACUAUAUUUAAAUUGUUAAUGCUGUACUUUUACAAGGGUUUGUCUGUUUACCUAUUUCAAAUAUAUUCUUUACCCUCACACAUCAUUGAAGUAGAUUGUCAGAUGAUUCUGAGUAUUGUAAACAGUGCCUUUUAAUGGAAUUCACUGUUUUGGGUGUCAACUUGUGCCAUAUACACACAAAAUUCUGUGAAAGGCAGUUUUAACUUUUUAAAGAAUAUCUUAGUCAAAUAUUUAAGAAAACAAAUGUAUAAAAUUCCAUAUUUUCCCAUGUUUAGCAUUUCUAGUGAGCAAUAUUUUGUUUUGACAUAAGUGACGAUGGCAUUAUUGAUGAGCCAUACAUGACGCUGCAGAUUAUUUUGAAUUAUGUUAAAUGUACAGAAACAAAAUUAAAAUUAGCAUUUAUACCAAAUUUUCUAAUUUGAACCAAUGAGGGGCACCCCACACAAAUCAUUAACUUUACAUUUCAGCUUCUAUCUUAUUUGACUAUAUGGAAAAAGAGAUUCUUUAAAAUGUAUAAUCUGCCACUAUUAUGUAAUUUAGUUUCAUUUUGUUUACCUAUAGUGUGGGUUUAGUAUAUUUACUUUUUGUUACUCUUAACAUAAUGUUUGUUUUGUUACAGUUUUUAAUUGAAGAUGGACUGUUAUAAUUGUAUAGGACCAGUGUCUCCUUAAUAUGAUUAACAUAUUUAGAAGAGCCACAAGAAACCCAUGACAAAAUGAAUGUGAAUAUACCUUCUAAAAUAUUUAGAAUUUUUUUCUUUCUGCAUUUAUCAUGUAAAAUUAUUUUAGUAUUACAAUAUUGAAAUUUAUUUAAACAAAAAUGCCACGAAAUAUUUGAACUGAUGAGCCACAGAACUUCAGUUGAAAAUUUUUCCACUUUUUUAGCAUGCCUAAAUAUACAUCUAAGAUAAAUAACCUGAUUGAUGGCCAUUUAUAAGUUCAAAUAAUACCACUGGUCAGUUUUGUGUAAUAGAAUAAAAGUAUGUUAUCUGCAGUGUAAGUACAGCACACUGUCAGAUUCUUUUCCUUAAGGUGCAUCAUAAUGUACAGAUAGUCCUAGGCUACUGUUUUGUAAUGUAUUACAUUUCUAAUCUAUUAUUCCUAACCUAUUAUAAAUGUUUGCAGACAAAAGAAUUGAGUUUUUCUAAAGAUCUGUAAAAUUAUGCUAACUUCUACAAGUAGGCAUUCUAAAUAAAAAUUUUAAAAAGAACAAAUUGUGACCAAAUGACUUUGAAUAUAACAUAUGGUGACUAAAUUACUUAGUCCUAAUUUUUAAAUUAAAAUAAAUUUUGUGUGGGAGUAGUUGUGAAGGGUGGUGCAGGACUUGGAAGGGAUUUAACAGAAUCCCUAAUAUAUGCUUUACUUGGUGCUUUAUAUUUAUUCUUCUUGAGUACUCUUAAUAACCAUAGAUAUGUGGAAGUUAGCCCAAUUUUAUAGAUAAAGAAUCUGAGGCUCAGAGAAGUUAAAUGAUUCCAAAAGCUGCAUAGUAAGAGUGAUAGCCCAAGUUUGAAUCUAUGUCUGACUUCAAUGUCCAUUCCCUUUCCACUGUACACUUAAAUAGAACUCUGAUCCCAGCACUUCACUUUUAAAUGUUUGUAAUCCGCUGCUCGAAUCUAUAUUGAGUAAUGUAAUCUUUUUGUGGUGGGUAGAACCAGAAAAAAAUAAAUAAAAACCUUAUUAUUAAACAAG